UGAAAAGAAUGCCCCUAAUUAUGGGUUCCCUUCACUGGAACACCCUAUUUUUCCGACUCCAAGGAUGUUUGUCCGACUGUAAUAAAGAUCCGACUAUAAUUAAAAGAAAUUCUAAGAAUUCACUAAAUUCACUAAAUAACAAAAUAAACAAAAAAAUAUUUAGAAAUCAACAGGAAGACAUGCUUUUAUUACAACCCCGCCGUCGUAGACUUAUGUCAACUGCAACUGGGCCAGAAAUGUCUGGAGGAGCACAUUCAAAUAAAGCCUUUCAUUUUGAUGAGUUUUAUAGAGAUAAAGCCCCUGUUGUUUCUGAUGACGAUGAAAAUAAUAAUAAUAUUGUUCCAGUAUAUAAUCACAAUCCAAGUAGAAGAAUUAGUGUUGUUUAUAAUGAUGGAGGAGGGCCUACACGUAUUUUGGAUAGUAUAAAACGAAAAUUUUCUCGAGCAGCUCCAACAGGCGGUAGUCGAAGUGGAGAACAUGAUUUUGAAAAAUCUUUUGAAAGAACACAAAGGCAGGGAUUUUAA